AUAUUAUUGAGGACUGUUAUUAUUAUAAAAGAUUCUUUGUAUUCCCUUUCUCUUACCUAUCGUAUAUCAAGCAAAACAUUUUAAAAACAUGCUUUAUAAGACUGUAAAAAAGGCUGAGGACUCCAGCCAGCUGCUUCUGAGCCUGAAGGACCUUUUUCUGUGGCGCAAUAUACGAAUAACCUUGAUCACCUUCACGAGCAUCCUGCUCCUGCUGUUGGACAUUAUGGUUCACUCGGUGAUCAGUGUGCUCAGCAUGGCAGGGAUAACUAUACUCUUGGCAGCCAUUGGCCAUCGUCUGUUAAUGCAGUUGUGGAAGGCCUGGAAGAAGGACAUAAACCAUAAACAGAUCACACGUCUGUAUCCUAACGUGAAGGUCGAACUUUCACGGGAGGAGGCUACUAAACUGGCCGAAAUGACAGUUUUCCAUAUUAAUUCAAUAUUAAACCGUAUGAUUGGAUUGUUUCUGGUGGAAAAGUGGGAAGACACCUUCAAGUUGCUGGUGUUGCUCUGCGGUAUUAACUUGCUAGGUGACUGUUUCAACGGAUUGACUUUGCUAACUUUUGGACACAUAUCAAUUUUUACACUGCCAAAACUGUACGAAUGGUACAAGCCCAUGAUUGAUGCCCAGGUCAGAAAAUUCCGAAAAAACAAGCUGCAAGAGAAGAAUGAACAGAAAUCUAUUACUGAAAAACCUCAAUUUGAAGAAUAUCCCUCGAAGGAGAAUGAUGAAAUUCAGGAAUCCAAUAACUCCAACAUACUAUAUAAUGUCUGCAACAAUGAGCGGCUGUUAGAUCUUCUGGAGGCGGAGCACCGCAAAGGAUGUCGCUGUCGCGACUGCGAGCACCAGGACUUGCCCAUCGAGGCCCACUGAACUGUAUUUAUCAGUUAAUAGUUAAACCCAUUUAGUUCUGUUCAAAAUUUGUGUUGUGAAAUUAUAUAUUAAUUACACUCUUA